GGGGGAGGGACAACAGAAGAGGGACAGCGUCUAAAGAUGGGGGCAGGGGCGACGGUUAAAGAAGUCGCCCCAGGCUGCGGCGCGGGUGAUGUCAGCUCUGGACAAAAAUAGAGAGGGAUCGCCUGCAAAUCCCCAGCUCCGGCGGGGCUAAACCUUGCAAUCCUUCUUCGGCGGCGCCGAGCCAGGGCGCAGCGGCCUCCACCGCCUCUCCCGGCGCGCACACACCAGCACACGCGCACGCACGCACACACUCCCCCGCACUCACACUCCCGGUCUUCUCCCAUCCUGCUCGGUGCGCGCCACUCGCGGCAUCCGUCUGCCCCGCGGCGAAGCACACACACACAGGUGGCGGCUGGGACGCGGGGAGCGUGUUCCUGUAGCCCUGUGGCCAGCGCGACCUCGCAGGAGCCGGUGUAGGAUCCCCUCAGCGGCCCUCGGAGCGCUGGCCGCGAGCCGCUCACGGGAACGCGGACAGCGCGCGGUGGAAAGCCGGGACGUGGAUUAGCGCCCGUAGCAGCCUCCUGCGCGCGCCGAGGCGCUAAAGGGCUUACCCAGAAGGGGGGUGCGAGGGCGGAGAGAGGCUGCCCGUUAAAUACCGCUCCCCGCCGCACUCCGGGCUCACCCAGCUCGCCGCCACUGUCGCCAGACCGUCCCCGGGAGGAGGGGGCGUUCCCCACACCAUGGCAUCAACGGAGGGUGCCAACAAUAUGCCCAAGCAGGUGGAAGUGCGCAUGCACGAUAGCCACCUCAGCUCCGAUGAGCCAAAGCACCGAAACCUGGGCAUGCGCAUGUGCGACAAGCUGGGGAAGAACCUCCUGCUCUCGCUGACGGUGUUUGGGGUCAUCCUGGGAGCAGUGUGUGGUGGGCUGCUUCGCUUGGCAUCUCCCAUCCACCCAGAUGUGGUCAUGUUGAUAGCCUUCCCGGGAGACAUACUCAUGAGGAUGCUGAAGAUGUUGAUCCUUCCUCUUAUCAUCUCCAGCUUGAUCACAGGGUUGUCAGGCCUGGAUGCUAAAGCCAGCGGCCGCCUAGGCACAAGAGCCAUGGUGUAUUACAUGUCCACGACCAUCAUUGCUGCCGUGCUGGGGGUCAUCCUGGUGUUGGCCAUCCACCCGGGCAAUCCCAAACUCAAGAAGCAGCUGGGGCCUGGGAAGAAGAAUGACGAGGUGUCUAGCCUGGAUGCCUUCCUGGAUCUCAUUAGAAAUCUCUUCCCGGAGAACCUGGUGCAAGCCUGUUUCCAACAGAUUCAGACAGUGACAAAGAAAGUUCUGGUGGCACCUCCAUCCGAGGAGGCCAAUACAACCAAGGCGGUCAUCUCCAUGUUGAAUGAGACCAUGAAUGAGGCCCCGGAAGAAACUAAGAUCAUUAUCAAGAAGGGCCUGGAGUUCAAGGACGGGAUGAAUGUCUUAGGUCUGAUCGGAUUCUUUAUUGCUUUUGGCAUUGCCAUGGGGAAGAUGGGUGAGCAGGCCAAGCUGAUGGUGGAGUUCUUCAACAUUCUGAAUGAGAUCGUAAUGAAGUUAGUGAUCAUGAUCAUGUGGUACUCCCCGCUGGGUAUCGCCUGCUUGAUCUGUGGGAAGAUCAUCGCCAUCAAGGACUUAGAAGUGGUUGCUAGGCAGCUGGGGAUGUACAUGAUCACGGUGAUCGUGGGCCUCAUCAUUCACGGGGGCAUCUUUCUCCCCUUGAUUUACUUUGUAGUGACCAGAAAGAACCCAUUCUCCUUUUUUGCUGGCAUUUUCCAAGCCUGGAUCACUGCCUUGGGAACGGCCUCCAGUGCUGGAACUUUGCCUGUCACCUUCCGUUGCCUGGAAGAUAAUCUAGGGAUUGACAAGCGUGUGACCAGAUUCGUCCUCCCCGUAGGAGCAACCAUUAACAUGGAUGGUACAGCCCUUUAUGAGGCAGUAGCAGCCAUUUUCAUAGCCCAGAUGAAUGGGGUCAUCCUGGAUGGAGGUCAGAUUGUGACUGUAAGCCUGACAGCCACCCUGGCCAGCAUUGGUGCAGCGAGUAUUCCCAGCGCUGGGCUGGUCACCAUGCUCCUCAUCCUCACGGCCGUGGGCCUGCCAACGGAGGACAUCAGUCUGCUGGUGGCGGUAGACUGGCUGCUGGAUAGAAUGAGAACUUCGGUCAAUGUGGUGGGUGAUUCUUUUGGGGCAGGGAUUGUCUAUCACCUUUCCAAAUCCGAGCUGGACACCAUUGACUCCCAACACCGAAUGCACGAAGACAUCGAAAUGACCAAGACACAGUCCAUUUACGAUGACACGAAGAACCACAGAGAAAGCAGCUCUAAUCAGUGUGUCUAUGCCGCACACAACUCUGUCGUAAUAGAUGAGUGCAAGGUAACUCUGGCGGCCAAUGGAAAGUCAGCUGACUGCAGUGUUGAGGAAGAGCCUUGGAAACGUGAAAAAUAAUGACCCGAUUCUCAGCCAAUUCUUGAAUAAACUCCCCAGCAUAUCUUAUGGUAAAAGAUGCUCUAAACAGGCUUCCUUUA